CACUCUCGGAAAUGGUGCCAAACGUCGAGUUUUACCUGUUAGUUCUCACUCGUUACAGUCCUUCAGUUUUGCUCGAACGCAAAGGAGCCGCUCUCCGUUUCAAACAAGCGUAGGGUGCAAUACAAUUGGAGCCGAGCCGAGGACCCGUUCCACGCGUUGAUUAUGUGAUUUAGAACUGUGCCGGAGAGUCGAGCCCGUUUUUAAAUAUUUUAAUACGUCUGACGCCAUUUUGCGGGACCGGACUCCAGGGGCGAUUUCUGCCUUCAGUUUCCAUAUUGGUCGCGUUUUCGAGCGAGACGGUGACCGUUGUCGAAAGGAGCCGACGGAAGGGACUCGCGGCCGGAAUGCAACGCCGACGAGACUGAGUCGACAGACAGACCGCCGAGGAUGACUCGCCCAGGGGCCUAGGACUCAGAUCACUCACGAGUCGAGACCUUUUUUUUUGUUUUUUAUUUUUUUUACGUUCUCUCACGACAAAAACACAAGUGCAAACGGAAAACUUCUUAGUGUCGCGGUUGAGAGUCGGCCCGCCGAAACACGCCACUCAAAUUUUUCAAAUGAGUAAAUGCAUCGAAACACAACGUUGAACCCACGGAAGCGAUCGCGAUGGCAUUCGUUCUCAACAAAGAACCGUCGAUGUACGACAAAGAGAAGGACAGAUUCAUCCAAGAGUUGCAGCACUUUCACGAAACGAGAGGAACCCCGUCCAGGAGGAUACCCAAGAUCAACGGACACGAGAUCGACCUUUAUCUCUUGUACACCUUGGUCACAGGGAGAGGAGGUUGGCUGAAGGUGAACAGCAAAAACGAAUGGGAGCAGGUUCUUGCGGAUUUCGAUAUACCGAAACAAUGUGUGAACAGCUCCGUGGCUAUCAAGCAAAUCUACCUGAGGUAUCUCGACAGGUAUGAGAAGAUCCAUUACCUCGGGGAGGUCGGCGAGAGGGGUGCGGAUGACGACGAGGACAGCAGGCAUAGAAAAUGGUCGGCCAGGGCGCUCCAUUCCGUACCCCUCACAUACAACCAUGCACAGCAUAAUGUCAACGAGUCUCUUCGAGAGUACAAUGGUCUGUCAGUUGAUCUUCAUAAGCCUUCUGAAUAUGAAAAAUUGGCCCUCUCGCUGUUAUCGCCACUACCGAAUGAACAGGAUUUUGCUAUCAACAUCUGCACUUUAUUGUCCAACGAAGGUAAACACUGUCUGAAGUUGGAAAAACACCCUCGUCUGCUUCACUUCCUCUUAGCACACGCAGCUGUAUUCAGCAAUGCAAAUUUAAAAGAACUCUUUCAUGAGCUGUAUGGAAAGGAUCGAGGGCAUUCGAUGCACCAUUUGUGGAGAGAUAUAGUUUCAGACGUCAACAUUUUAAGGCUUGCAGACGAGACUAAAUUUUAUGAGAAACAACACCGCAAUUAUUCCAGUGGAGAGUCCAGCGAUGUGAACAAUAAAAGCAACCUUAAGUUGGAUCCUGAAGACAAUGAGUUGUUUUGCCUUGGAAGAACUCUUGGCGUUCAAGAUUAUAUUGGACAGAGGGUGUGCCAAAUAGCAACGAUAGUGCGAAACCUAACGUUUUUAAGUGAUAACGUCCCCAUAAUGGGAAGAGACUUGACAUUCCUCAGAUUUGUUUUGUUAUGUUGUAAUUCUAAUUGGAAUGGCUUACACCAAAUGGGUUGGGACAUGUUAGGAAACAUCUCCUCAGAAAUAACUAUUCAGUCGCCUUUAAUUGAAGAUAUACUUCUUGUCAGUACAAAAGGGCUACUUUCUCAAGACAGAGCGAUUAUUUUGUCUUCAUUGGAAGUUUUAAAUAAACUAGGACAGUGCGAAAAGAAUGAAGACUAUCUGUUGAGAUAUCUACAACAGGAAGUUUACGAUCGGUUGUGUUCAUUUUUAACUCUUCACGAUAUAAUGCUUUUGGUAUAUACAUUGGAAUGUCUAAACACAAUCAGUUCUCUUGGUGAAAAAGCAUGUAAUAACAUUUUACGAGUCCGUGGAGCUCUUGAUGUACUUGUCUCACUUAUAACAGUUGAGGCACAGAGCUAUGGCCCUAAAGCUUGCAUCCAAAUGAGAGUUGUAGAAACUGUGACUGGAGGAGGGAGUGGUGUGGUUUGCCAGCCGACUCAGUCGAGCACCGUGAGCUCGACAGUUACUGCUACGAGUGUAUCACCUCCUGUACAACUUUUGACAACGGCGACGAGUGCCGCAUCAGUUAUACCACAUUUGACACCCUCUCAUCCACAAUCUGUAACUCCUGUUUCUACAACAUCCGUUACUGUAACUGUACCUACACCUGUGCCUGUUUCUUCAAUACCGACUUCUUUAACAACACCAGUUUCAUUGACAACUCCAGUUACUUUGUCAACUAUAUCGACUCCUCAGAAAGUUUCAAUACCACAAACUCCAAUACCAGCUUCUCCUGCUACAAUAUCAGCUCAUGCAACUCAGCAAGUUGCACAGGAAAACGAACAGUAUGCUCUUGCAUGGUUGAGGAAUACUUUCGAACUUGUUAGUACUGGACGGAUAGAACAAGCAGAACUGUACAAGCAGUAUAUAAAUAACUGUCAAAAAAUAGGAAGGAGGGGUGUAAUAGCACCACUCCACUUUCCACGCUGUGUCAGAUCUGUGUUCGGCGGUUCAGUUGGACCAAAACCUACAACUGUUGGUGACAUCACUCAACAUUUUUAUGAAGGCAUACAAAGUCGAGGAAAAUCAUCGACACUAACGGCACCAACAGUUAUAAACACAUCGCAGAUAGUUCAAUCUCCUCAGAUACAGAGCACUCCUUCGCCCAUUCUAAAGGCCCAAUUAAGUGCACCGCCAAAACCCACCCCGUCUACCCCACAGCCUGUGAAGGAGCAGGUUGAGGGCGGGGGAAGUCCACCCCCAGGAGAGCAGGGUACAACAUCAUUAAUCAAAACUCUACUUGCUAGCAAGGUAACAGAACCGCAACAUCAUCAAGAUCAGGUUACACAAAGGCAACAGCAGCAGAGAUUACUUCAACAACAGCAAUCACCAAUGCUUCAACAGCAGCAAUCACCGCCACAGUUGAAUUCUUUGAUCAAAAUUGAGGACCAGCCUAACAAAGGGUUACCUUUGCAGUCGGUCAUGUUUCAAAAUAAGGCUGGCGUCAAUUGCAAAGUGAACGGUGUCCGUUGUGAUCCCCUGGAGAAAGUGGAAAAUCCAAAUGGGGCUGCAUUAUUUGUCACGAGCGGUACUGAUAAUAGCCUGAGUAGACCUCCUCCGCUGACACCGUUGAGCAAUAAACUUAACAAUACAAGUUCUGUCAGUUUUUUAAACGACGAUGGAAAUUCCGCCAGCAAUUCUAUGACAUCUAGCACUGGAAUAAAGGAUAAUUUAAGUGGAACCGGUGGCGAAGAAGGUGAAAAUUCGGUGAGUUCUAUGGACGGUUUUCUUCUAAAUGGAAUUCCCAACCCACUCGAGUUUGAAGAUACGAGUAGUAAAGAUUCAGUUCCGAAAAGUAUGAUGCUGGCCGACCUUCUUGAGAAGAAUAUGGACAAAAAUGAACCUCCUGUACUUAACGGAUCAUUGCGGAUAGGGGACAAAGGAUUGGAAUUGGUUCAGGGAAAGAAAGACAUUGAGAAAAAUUCUGUCACUGUGAACACUAAUCGUAAUAUCAACGGACUAGAAUUUGACUCUGAAAAACUAGACGAAAGUUCAAGGGAUAGUUUGAAAAGGCCAUCUGACUCGGAUGAUUUUCCUGAGAGCAAAAGACCUCAUCUUAAUGGUGAUGUCAAAAUGGAAGAACCACCAGAAGAAGAUGUUUUAGGAGCUGUUUCAUCAACUGCUGCAAACUUGUAUGCCGCGUUAGCUGCUGAUACUUUGGAGGAUGAGCCUCUGGAUGAACUCACUCCACAGCAACAACCACAACAACAGCAGCAACAACAACAACAACAGCAACAGCAACAACAACAGCAGCCUUUAAUUGUUACUUCCUCACAACCACGUCAAAUCCUAGUGACAGCUGGUGGCCAACUGACUCAAAGGGUAGUAGUUGGCGGACAACAUUAUGUAGUCACUCAACCACAAACUGCUUUGGUACAGGGACAAACUCAAACAGUUUUGGUGGCCCAAACACCCCAGCAACAAGGAACUGCUGCGAAAACCAUUAUCAUAUUACAACCUCAAAGUGUGCCCGGUAACCAACACCAAAAAGUGAUAGUACAAAGACUUCAAUCUCCACCUCCUCCUCCCCUUCUGGCGACGACGUCUCAACCCCAAAAUACACCUCUUAGAUCUGUAACUCCUCCCAAACCCCCUCCGACUCCUCCAUUACUAUCACAACCUAUUCAGAAAACAAUAAAAACUAUUAAAACGACUUCUACCCCUGUACUCAUGACUCCUACUCUUAACCAAUCCUCGACUACUUUAACCUCAACUACUUGCCCUCCUACAAACAACCAAAGUUUACCAGCAGUUGCUAUGCCUUCCAUACCGGCACCGUGUGCCACGCCGGUUACAGUGACAACUAACACCCUUCUUUCAACUUCAGCCUCGAUGGCAACUUCUAACUCUUCGAUGACUUCCACAUCCCCUGGUGGAAUGGUCCCUAAAACAACAGAGCAAGGGCAUUUUCUGUGUGAGUGGAGAGGAUGUAUGAGGAAUUUCAAAUCUGGAAAUGAAGUAUACAUGCAUGCUUGCGAAGCGCAUUGUCCUCAAGGAAGUCAAGAGAUUCAGUGCUUGUGGGAAAGAUGUGACGCCAUGAAGAGAAAGCGCUUUUCACUGAUGACUCAUCUUUACGAUAAACAUUGCAAUGCUGAUGUAAUGAGGAUGAUGGCUGUUAGGCGGAAACAACUUUCAGUUACGGGUAGAAGUGAAAUUCCUCCUCCUAUCCCUGCUGCUCCUCAUCCUGGUUAUGCACCCAAUGCUGCUUUCCACGCAAUUAAGCGGCAUGCAUUGGAAUUUGUUAAUCCUAAAGAAUUACAGCAACGGGCAGUAAAGCCUGGUCCGAUGCCUGUUCCAGUUCAAUCAGAACAGGAUGACAAUGAAGGGCCAGUGACAAAAAGUAUCAGAUUAACUGCUGCUCUCAUAUUAAGAAACCUAGUCAUAUACUCAACCCAUGGGAGAAGGCAUCUAACAAGAUACGAACCUCAUUUGGCCAGCGUUGCGCUGAGUAAUGUCGAAUCGUCCAGAACAAUUGCACACGUUUUAUUUGAUAUGAGUAAUCCAAGGUGACCCUAACGUUUUUAAGGAGUGAACUAUUUUUUCUUAAAUUUUUGUAUAAAAUGUACUUUAAUCCUGCACACAUAAUGCAAAAUGUAUAU